AUGAACUUUACAUCCAAUGAAGAGGAAAGGCUCAAAGAGGUGCUGAAGUCGAAGAGGAAGGAAGAAGUGCUGGUUGAGCUCUCCAAGGAGAUUGAGAGAAAAGAAAAGGAAAUGAUGGGAAGUAUUUCUCAGGACUACAUGGACAUAAUCAGCAAGUGUAGUGAUUUGGAAAAGACCAAGCAAAGGCUGGGAGGGAUUAUAAACACAAAUAACGAGCUGGUUUCUUCUAUUUCUGACGCUGUUAUACAAUACACCGAUGCCCUCCACGAGAUUGAAGAAAACACCAUAAUAGAAUCACGGCUUGACCUAGUUGUGUCUGAAUUGAAGGAGAUCUUAGGAUUUAUAGGUAUUGCAUCUGAGUACGAGAGCAUUGAUAAGAAUAUGAGGGAAGAUCCAUUGUACUACUAUAACAUGGCAAAGAGUGUGGUGUCCAUGGAGAAGAAGCUUUGCUUGUUAGAGAAGUAUAGAUUCUUUGUGAGUGCAAACCAGAUAUGCAUCAAAUCAAGAAAGAUGCUUGUAAAUCUGAUGAUGAAGGAUAUUGAUCUAUGGAUUGGGAAUGCUAGCAAUAAUGUUCGGGAAGGCGGUGUUGAGAUAAACAGGAUUCUCUGGGAGAAGAAAGAGUCUCAUAUAUUUGAUCCUCUUGGCACUCUCCGGGAUUUGUUUAUAUCCAAAACCUUUCUAUGCAUUCUUCAUGAAUCAAGAAGGUUGGGGGCCGGGACGGUCAUUGUGGAGAGAGUAAAUGAGAAAAGGAAGGAGUUUGUGAAGGAUGUUGCUGCUAAGGAUGAUCCUAAUGCGAUUUCUGAUACUGCGGGAUUUAUCCUGUGGAGCCAUUACCUUGAAUCUCUUGACACAGGCUUCAGAAUCCAUGCCAAGCUUGCAUUUGAUAUUCUAUCCAGAAACAAGAUGUUGUUCGAAAGCCACAACUUCUCCCAGAUAAGAGAAGCACUCAUCUCUCUCCGAAGGCUUACUGUUCACCUUGGGAUCGACUACGAGAGUGUAGAUAGGAUUAUAAGCUCUGUGGCAAUUAACUACUUUGAAACGAGGGGGCCUAAGGAUAUUGAUCCUGAUGCAGACGGAAUGGAGCAACUGAAGUCUUCGAUGAUGACUUUUAUUGACGAGUGUAAUGGCUUUGUGUCUAGUAUAUUUCAAUUUUCCAAUGAGCUUGAUGAGCUUCUUGCAAAGAGAAUAGAUCAGCAUCUGUGCAGCCUUAUUGACAGGAGUAAGGGAGACAUGGAUUCCUUUAUCGAAGCACAAUCUACUGCUUCAGAGAUUUUGAAGUAUUCGAUCGAAAAAAAUGAUUUCUACAGGAACAUUGAGUUUAGAUGUUUGUCGGAGAUAGAUAAGGGAAACAAAAAGUUCAUGGAGGAAGUAAUAAAACAGAAGGAAAAGGAAAUUGAUGAACUUUUCAAGAUUGUUACCAAGAAUGACGACUUUGGGGUUGAUCUCCUCAAGGUAUUUUCUAUGGCUAGAAGCCUGAAGUUCCCUGCAAAUAUAAAUACAACAAUAAAAAGAACUCUAGUGUGUUAUAUCAGAGAUAGGUUUGCAGCUGAGAUAAACGAUAAGAGUUUGAGCCCACAAGACAAAAAGGUUGUGGAAGGGCAUUUAUGUAGUUUCUAUGGGUAUCUCAGAAAUAACGAGCCGUCUCUUCAUAGCAUACUUGAGCCAGAUGUAAAACAUGAGAGGCCGUAG